GUGAAGAGCGUUCACACUUUUUAGGAACCAGCGACAAUGAACUCGUUUAGCAAAACAGGAAGAAUUUUGACAUUGAGUGCUGAACACGAGAAAGGAAUGCGGUCGAAAUUUCCCGAUAGAGGGAAAACUUCAAACCUCCUUUGGUUCUGCUUGUAACGUCUGAUAGAAUGUACUACAUGGACUCAAGUAUGGUAUGGAGCCGUCAUAGAAAACUGCAGAAUUGAACCUUAUUGAGGAGACAUCAUCUACGUGCAUCAUACAAUUUCAAACAGUAGACUUUCAACAGUGCCCUUUUUAAGCUGUACAGGAAUAACUGGUCUCGUUCAAAUUUCAUUGGUGCCCGUCCUGCAGUCUACCAAUACCAUUAGAAUCAUGAGCACGGUGACGACCAAUGGGGGCAGCAGUCCGGGCGCGCUCAGUCCGGGGGUCAGCCCGGGGGUCAGUGGUCGCAAACGAACCACCAACAGGGCAUAUAAGGCAGAGGACCAGGCACUGUCUGAUAUCACACAGGAGGCGGAAGCUAGACUGGCCAAAAAGCGUCAAGCGAGGGCCGAAGCGCGAACUAUCCGCAUGAGGGAGCUUGAAAAACUGCAAAAAGAGGCAGAAGAACAAAUGGAUAAGGAAUAUGAACAACAGAAAGAAGAAAAGAAAAGCAAAUCUACCGGAGUUCUCCCGGCAACUGUCCCCAAUUCCAGUGGGGGCAGCUCCUCUCGAAGAGGCAGCACUGACUCCAACGAGUUUGAAUCGGCUACACUCAAGGAAGCACUGGCUGACUUGGAGGAGAAGUACAAGAAAGCAAUGAUGAACAAUGCCCAGCUGGAUAACGAGAAAGGCACCUUGAUUUUUGAGGUUGACAUGCUGAAGGACCUGCAGGAGGAACUAGAGGAAUCAAUGAUGGAGAUACAGAGGGAAGCGAAGGAUAAACACAGGGAACUAGAAAGUAAAAAGAGGGAAAACAAGCUCCUUCAGAUAGAAGUGGACAACUUGAAGGAAAUGGUGUCACAGCGAGACACCCUUAUAGCAGAAAAUGGUCUUCUCCUAGUGGGUGCCGGUGACGAGGAGCGUCUCUCGGACAAGGACCUCCCGGAGGGGCAAACCUCGCACAAACCCAAACUUCCCAAAGUCGGUACCAUCGUCGUGGUCUCGCCUGAGGCUGCCGAACUCCUAGAGGUGGUCGGUGAUGGUCCGCUGGACGUCCGGCUGAAACGCUUCGUAGAAGAGAGAAAAGAACUCUUAGAAAACAUUAGAAGAUUAGAAAUUGAUUUAGAGGAGGAAAAGGAAAAAGUUGCUUCAGCGGAGAGAAGACGACCGGCCCAGACGUCAUCGGUCAACGGACCGGAAAUAGAGAUGCUAGACAUCCAAAGAGAAGCCAGUAGGCAAGUCAAUGAAUACAGAUUCAAAUACCAGAAAGCGGAGCAAGAAUUAGCAACACUAGAAGGCCACGUGAUGAGGCUAGAAGGUCAGGUGAAACGGUACAAGACGGCGGCAGACACGGGAGAGAGGGUGGAAGAAGAACUGAAACAGGAACGACGCAAACUACAACGAGAGAUCCGCACUCUGAAAGACCAGAACGAGGAGUUUGAAACGGAAAACAGCCACCUCACCAAGCGACUGGAGAAAAUGAAGAGUGCCAAGCUAAGCUUGAUCAAGUGACGCUACCAGACAUCAUAGUAGCGUCUCUCUUAGAAAUAAAUAAAAUAUUCAUGUAGUAAUAAAUGACAAACUAUUCACCUUCCAUGUACUAAAAUAAACUGUACCCAUUUUUGUUUACAAUUAGAGCGCCCUCUGUUGACUGAGUAAAGUGUGAAUAGCGCCCUCUGUUGACACAGUACCAAUUGCUUGGCAUGAAUUAAGUAGCAUUUCAUCUAUAGCUAUUAAUUUUUAUGGUUACUGACAUCAAAGUGCUUAGCCACUACAUAUUUGUCACAACAUGAAUGCACACUUUGCAAACAAAUGAGACUGUACCUAAAAUAUGCAUACAAUUUAAAGAGCAUUUUGAAAGAGUUGGAAAUGAUGUAAAAAUUCAUGAUUUUGUACAACUGUUUUAAUUCUUGGUUCUUGAAAACUCUGCUGCUAAGGAAAUGUCUAAAAUUAUUCACAACGCAUAUUUAUGUCUAUCUUACUGUGACAUUCUUGCCCGUCAAACUGUGAUUGAUAUCAAUAGAGGGCGCCCUAAUGUCAACAACUGACUCCCAAUUGUAGGCUUUUCUGUACAAAUCCAACAUAUUAAAGUAAAACAAAGGUGAUGGGUGAAAAAAGGGUAAUUGCAGAAUGGGGAAUUUUCUUCAAGCAUUUUUGUAACUUGAAAAAACUUGAAAGUUUCUCGUCACUAAAUUGGACCACGUGUGAGUUUGCUAAAACAAAAGCAUUUGCAUGAAUUGAAACCCCUUUAACUGGUUUUGUUUCACUGACUUUUCAUUCACAUUUUAGGCCUUGGCUUUUUCUAUCAAACUUGGAAGUUUCAAAAAUAUUGUAGGUUAUGGUAGAGUGUUUAACCCAAUGUACUGAACCAUGCACAAAAUCCUUGCUUUAUGUUGGUCAUGGAGUUGUAAACCUAAAGUAAAGGUCUUGAAAAAUAUUCAAAAAGCAAUGCAACGUACUGGGCCAAGAACCAUCCAAGCUUGUAUAUUGUACAUUUUAAGAUUUACGUUGUACUACUGUUAACUUUACAUCUGUAUUUCACUUUAACUUGGAUAAGAUUACCCAGCUUGCGUCAAAUUACACUGACAAUUAUCAACAAAGUUGUGAAAAGAGAAGUCUUUCUUCAUUCAAUCUCACCAACUCCCUUGUGAGAGUUUCCAAUUGUACAAGUGCACCAAAAGAACUGUGUAUAUUAUUUUUUAGCUACUUUAGGACCACUUACGAUUAUGAUUUGUAAAAGUAGAUUUUACAAAAAUCUGUAAAGGCCGUAUAUAUAGUUUUUCUUUCCAUAUCUAAACAUUAUUUUUGGUGUGUCUGUUUGGGGACACUAGACGCCUAAUACUCACUGCAUGCAUUACAAGGGCAAAGGUCACUAUUGUUUGAUUGGUCAGUUUGAGGAUACGCUAAUAAAUUAUUCAUGAUGUGAGAUGCUCUCAUUAGAUUACACCCAUGUGUAGGUUUCUUUGCAACAAUCUACUUUUUAAGGUAGUUUUAAACCAUUCAGAUUUUGUAACAAUGCCACAAAUUUCUUGCAUCAUUAAAAUAAAAUCCUUAUGUCCCCGUGAAAUUGUUAGCAAAUUGUUUUCCUAAAUCCAGACUUGUUACAUUCUUACGGGAGAAAUUCAUCAAAGUGCAGGAAAAAGUUAAACAAAUAGUUUUUAAUUUUAACUCACUCCCACUAUACACAAAGAUAAGAUACUCUGGUAAGAAAGUCAUCUUAAAUUUAUCAGUUUUAUAAUUUCUGACUGUGAGCAGAUGAAUUUACUGUAAAAAUAUACGGCAGUGCUGAACGAAACCCAGAUUUUUGCAUACUGAUUUUUUUUUUUAUAUGAGCAAUUUGUAUUUAAUUUGCAUUUGAUGAAUAUUCACAUCAUGAAUAUUCAUGUUGUUUCGCAAUGUUUUAACCUAAGGUUUAUAUAUAAGGUCCGAACACAAAUUUAUCAAGAAGCAGUUGGCUCAGUAGGAUGAGCUCAGGAUCCGAACCGGGAUGUCCCCGGUUCAGAUCCUGGGUCCGUCCUGAGGAGCUUUUAGACUUUUUUCAAAAUAUAUACUAUCUUUUCUGACAAAAUUGUGCAUGGGUAGGACUUGAACCGGGAACCCUUGGGUAUGUAGCCUUACACUCUUACCGCUACACCACCGGGUUUUUCUUAAAAAAGUAAGGAUUCUGGUAAUUAAAACCCUUAGGUUGUUCUGACUUAGUCUCCAGAGAGAGUUUGAAGUUGAGGGGUAGAGGCCUGGGGUCUGGGGUAGAUUGGGACUUAGGUUUUUUUCGGCUGGUCUAGCUACUCACUAGCUGGAUGCUUGAUACUUAUACUUUAUACUUUAUACUUAAAACAUUUUAUCUUCCCAUUCAUGUUCUUUGGGAGGUAUUAUUUUGGACUUAGUUUCUCUGGGAAUUGAUGGUGUUAAUUUUUCAAGGCAUUUAUUUUUAGUGCUUCCAAGACUAUCUGCUUUUUCAUAAUAUUAAAUUUAGGAAGACACCCUUUUUAAAGACAGGUAAAUAGGAAUAAAAAAAUGCUACAAUGCUAACAUGUUUUACUUGCAAUACCAUGGUUUUGGAAUUUAUUUCUGCAUUUGCAAUCAAAACAACAGCAGUACAUAACACACCAAUUUCAGUUCAGUUAAUGUACAAUGUACACGCUUACAGUGCAUCACAAUGUGAUACAAUUUCUGUUAACAGUUUUUUUACUUUAAAAUUACAUUAAAGUGAUGUAGAAUUUUCACCGACGAUCAAUUUCGAAUGAAAAGUUAGACCAUUUAACCGGUCUCAUUUGUUGUAAUUCUGGGAACAUGUAUAUAACCAUAAAAGCACAAUUUAUAUAAUACACCUCCAAUUACCACUAACAGAAAAACACUCAUUUUUCUUUAAAUUUUAAAACCAGUUUUGCAGUCCCGUUCAAAUCACAAUUGCCUAACAAAGGUUAAAGAAAAGGUCACUUGUAAUUUCAUUUUUGCGGCACUUUUAAAAAAAAUAAAUUGUGCAUAAUUGCAUUGCAUAUAGCUCAGCUUUCGGAAGCCAAAAGUCGCAGUUUGACUCGAUUUUUGUAGAUUUUUUUAAUACUAGGUGUAAAUAACUUGGUGUAGGAAACAGCUUAAUAUUUAUUCGUAUAAAAUUGCAUUUUCGUGAAUUGUAAACUCAGUAAAGAAAAUUAAUUUAGUGCUUUGUUUUUGUACACAAAAAAAAGGGUCACUUUUUUCUUAGCAAUAAGUUCAUGAAUGUUCCUUAUGCAUUUGUCACUGGUACUGUUAUAGUUUUUGUUUUUAGUUAAUGAAUGCUGUGCUAUGCAUGCAUGCAAAGCCAAAGGGUACCAACGGUGCUGUGUUGUAGUAUUCUUACGGAAGUGUAGUUGAGUCGAAAAAUACAAUCACAUGCUUGGUUUUAUCCAAAGUGAUCAUGAUCUACGUGUACAUUCCAUCAAGGUAAUGUAGGAUUGUUCAUUUACGACAGAAGUUUGACUAUACUUUCCAUACUUAUCUAAUGUCCAAUAAGGUUGAAUAUAUGGGUACCAGUGAAUUUUACAACAGUUCACUCUCUUACAAGCAAUAUUAACAUCAAGUGUGUUUACAAAAUAUAAACAAGAUGUUAUAAAAAUGAAAAUUAGGGGUUUUUUUACGCUUUUUUGUUUUGUUGCUACCUUAAACUUUUGUACAUGUAACUUUGGUUGUCUGUUGAUAGGUCAUCAUUUCUUUGGCCAAAAAAACCGAAAAAUUCAAAAAAACUUUUUCUCAGUAUUCUAUUUUCUGUUGAUAGAGAAAGCAUUUUUGAUAUCUUUAAACUGUCCCUUAUUACGCAUUUGAAAAAAUAUUGAUUUAUUGGCAAAAAAAUUUGCCAGACGAGUAAACUUCUGCCGUAAAUGAACAAUGGAUUUUCUUCCUAGAAUUUGCAGGAAUUAAUGCCAUUUUAACAUUAAAAUUAAAAAAAAGAUUCCACGUAAUUAAUUUGUAGAACUUCAGUGACUGCUUUUUGUAAACAGGUACUGCUUUUGAGUUACCCAAAAAAAAACCAAAAACAAUAGUUUUUGGAAGUAACAGUAACAGUCAUGAAUGUUCGAAAGUCUUGUCAACCCUCGGACUGUUUGUAAGAUUUGAUUGAUGAUUUGAAUUAACAAUUAAAACAAACUUGACGAACUUUGA